GCGUACCACGACCAUUUCUUUCUGGGGCACUGCCUGCUGAGCCAAAGGCAGCCUCAGUGUCAAAGGCCUGCUCCGUCCUGCCCACGCUCCUCCGAGCACACACCAGUGCUGAAGUUGACACAGUUCUUGAAAUAAACUCACCAGUUUUCACAGCUAACCAUACUUCAGGCCAAUUCAGUCUCCAGCGCAAGGCAGGGACUUCCAUGCCUGGCACCUGCACAAUGCGGCUGCGGGCAGACAAGUGGGGCACAAAGGGAAAGAGCCACAAAAGGGGCCAAAACUCUGCCUGGUCAGAGAGGAUGAUGCUUAGAGUCACCAUGGGAUGGAGGAGACUGGCAUAUCAUGGCUAGAAAGAAAAGAGGAAAAAUUGACGUGACAUGCAGAAACUUUCGGGUAUGCAUUAAGGCACACAAGCUGAUGAUCUGGGCCUGGCAUAAACCAUAGCUAACUGAACAUAUCACGGGAUAAUUCUGAGCAUAACAAGAGAAAUUACCGACAUAAGAUUCGGCUGCCAUGGUAUGGGGGAACUGGAAUGAGGCAUUGGUUGUCUGGAACAAAAGGGAUGUGGUGUGGCAUUGCCAGCCCAUCCACCUUGCGGAUGGCACGUGGAGGCAGUUCUGGCCUUCUGAAGUGUGGGAAGGGCACAACAUACGAAGGUGGCAUGCGGGAACCAGCAGUGGCUUAUUGGCCAGGCCAUAUCACUCCAGGAGUGACACAUGAACUGGCAAGCACCCUGGACAUCCUGCCAACACUGGCUACCCUGGCUGGAGCAGCUCUUCCCAAAGUUGCCCUGGAUGGCUAUGACCUGAGUCCAGUGCUGUUUGGGUCAGGGAAGAGUCCUCGGCAGACAAUGUUCUUCUACCCGCCAUCCCCUGAUCCGCUGCACGGCCCCUUUGCUGUCAGGCUUGGGAAGUACAAGGCCCAUUACUUCACACAAGGUUCCUUUCACAGCGAUACGACCCCAGACCAGGCCUGCCACGGGCUGACCCCGCUGACCCCUCACUUGCCCCCGCUGCUCUUUGACUUGGAGUCAGACCCAGCUGAGAACUAUGAUCUGCUGCAGAGUGGCGCAGGGCCGGAGGUUCUGCAAGUCCUGAAGGAGAUCAAACUGCGGAAAGUGCUUUUGGAGCAGCAAAUGGGGUUUGGAGAAAGCCAGAUCAGGAAGGGCAGGGAUCCCGCCCUGCAGCCCUGCUGCGUACCAAACUGCACUCCUAAGCCUUCCUGCUGCUACUGCUCCUAGCUUCUUGCUGCUCCAUCCCCUUCAGUUGUUCCACACUGGAACGCUAUCCAGGACCCACCAAACACCCCCUCUGUCCCCAACUAACCAAGCUCAGCCUUAGAGCUACCCUGCAGCUUUGGCUCAGUGACACCUCUGUCUAAUAGAGUGCUGGGGUAGCCAACUGUGGGUUGGGGAGAUUACCAACCCUGCUAGGAGCGCAGGUCAGUGGAUCCUAUGCUCUGCGUUGGAUGUCCAAGCUAAGGCCUCUUGACAGAAACCCUGACUUGUUCAGGGUGGGAUCAUGGUCCAUCGUCAUCUCCAGAGCCAGAACAACUCCUUUCAAACCACAAUCAAGGUGAAGCAAAGGGCAUGCCCCAGUGUUCAGAGCUCCCAGCUCAGCUGGAGACAUGCUCUGCACCUCUGAGUAAGAACAGAGCUGGAAGCUGCAGCACCAUCACUCGCCAGGGGCCAAGAACACAGCAAGAGGAGGAUGGCAUGGAUGGUCCUGGCAGCUUCAGAGGCAGGACCUUGUGCAGCUAGUGCAGAAUGGACAUGCCUAGGUGGAAAGCAGCUUGGGGUAUGUGUGCUUAAGUACCUCCAAGUCCUUCAUGACUCCAGGAGGUGGAGAUGUGGCCAGUGGUUGUCAGGAUUGGUCCUCUUGUAAGGUCUGUGGAUCUUGGGGCUGAUCAAUCAGGUGGGCGGCAACCACAUGCCAUCCACAUGACUGAAAGGGUCUGUCUCCUCUUGCUUGUGAGCUAGUCCAGCUCCAAGUUUCCCAGUGACUUGCACAUGCACACAGCGCUCCCACCAGUCGCUGGCCCUAGACACUGGGUGUUUCCAACUGGGGGGUCCCCCGACCUGUGUUCCCUCCUGCCAUUGCUAGCAGCCAGGCCUCUGGGCCCACCCCACCCCGGGGACAGAGCGGAGCCGCACAGAGAAAGGUUUGGAAUCACUCUCAACAAGAAGGUAGGACGGGUUGUGGUGGUUACGUGCAAGGCUCAGCCAAACAAGCAAUCCAACUAGCAGCUUAGGGGUGACUGGCUCCUUGAUCCCCCUUUCUCUCCAUUUUCCAUGCUUUUAUAUCCCACUCACCUGCCUUGAGUGCUCCCUUUCUCCACCCUUGUGUCCUCCCAAAUGAGGGACCUACCUGUGAUUGUUUUUUUCCCCCUUGCUCCCAGGUUAGCUAGGCUUGUGAACAGAUUUGGUGUCCCAGGUGACAUUAGUUAGAUCACCUUGGACUUCUGUGGCAUUACUGAUGUGGUUUCCUGGCUACUGCUGUCCCUGCCAGACUCCUCUCCCCAAAAUGACCCCAACCAUUCCUUCAUGUAUCUGUGAAGUGUGGCCACCUCUCACAUAAUUCUCCUUUAACCACGUCCAAAAUCUGGUGCUGGAAUAGCAGAGUAUCCACAGAAGACAAGUCUUCUCUAAGGCCUUCUUCUGCCUGCUCUAAGCAGAUAUGGGGCACCACCUUCAGGUCAAUUUUCAAAAAACAAAUCAGCCUUGAGUUCAGUUUGAGGCCCAGUCCUGCUGCCUGUAGGGCCUUGAUAGCAGCUAUUCCAUUUUCAGACAGAGCCUGGCCUGCCAUCCUAAGGACCAGGUUGUGCACUCAGUUGUGUGCCUUACAUAUAUCCACACAAGCCAGGACGGCAGCAGGAAGCUCCUGCACUUUUCACAAGCGUUGAGGCUGCCGUUCUUCAAGCUACCACCUCCAGGAACCUAGCCCCACUCAGCAAAGGCAGCGCACGUGGCUGGCUCCUGCUUUUCUCCCAUGACUGCCCUGUGCUCCAUCAGGUGAGCAAGGCUCCACCAUCUGCUGUGGAAGGGAGCCUGAUGAGAUUAGGCUGAUACAGGAUUUACCAAAGUCACGGAGAAUGGCAUGUGGAGAGUGGAGCUGAAUGGAGAGUGAGGAUGAAAGCAGGAGCAUCCUUCUUUUCUAGAGCUUGACAUUGCAAGACCUUGGCCACGCAUACCGGGUGCCACAACUGCCCUUGUCUACCUUGUCCCAGAGCAGCAACAGAACUCAUAGACAGCAAGGACAUGAAGCCUGUCAGUGGAUGUUGCUAUGGCUGACGUAGCCAGUGUGGACUGUCCUGCAUCUGCGUUUCACUGUGCUGUGUGCACGAAGGUUGACGUUGCUUGGGUCUGCUUGGCUUAUUUGCCUUGCACAUCACUGCUUGCCUGCAGCGGCUGUAACCAGAUUGGCUCUACAACACCCAAACUUGUGCAUACUGCCUGCGGUA